AUGUCCUGCCAGCCCUGCUGCCAGCCCUGCCUGCCAUGCCAGCCCUGCGGCCCCACCCCGCUGGCCAACAGCUGCAAUGAGCCCUGUGUCAGGCAGUGCCAGGACUCCACCGUUGUCAUCGAGCCCUCCCCCGUGGUGGUGACCCUGCCCGGCCCCAUCCUCAGCUCCUUCCCACAGAACACCGUGGUGGGCUCCUCCACCUCCGCUGCCGUUGGCAGCAUCCUCAGCUGUGACGGAGUGCCCAUCAACUCUGGGUGCUGUGACCUCUCGGGCAUUUCCAGUCGCUACUGUGGCAGGAGGUGCCUCCCCUGUUAA